CACGCCUCUGCACUGACAGCACAAACCGGGCGGUGUGCGUGGAAAAAUCAGCCAGAGCGCCGCCACUGCAUUUCAUCUUGACACAUGGAACUGAAUUGAACUUUUAGUCUUGGUUUUUUGUAUCAAAGGUGGUGGAUGAGACGUGGCGCAGUGAUACUGACUAAAUAAAUAAAAUGACAUAAGCUGGCGAUUUGGGCUUUUUGGUGCAGCGAGGCCGAUACGAUUUGGGAUCGCGAGGACGGCGAGACAUGGGGUGCGCGAGCGCGGUCAAGUGAGGAGAGACGUGAGACGUUUUCAAGUCAUUCAGGUGUAGAUUUUAAAAAUCUGCAUUUUUUUUUCUUCUUCGAGCGGCGUUUUGUGGGAGGACAGGUGACUGAUCCAACUGCUGGGGGGGAGGAGGAAAGACCGAGAAUUAUGCGGCAUCCAAACUGACGCCAGCCCGCCCGUUAGCCGGCUAGCCGGUUAGCCGCUAGCACCGACCGCCCGGCUGACAGCCCGCCACGACUCAGUCUCUCUGCCGCCCCUCUCAUCAAGCUUCAGUCGACGGUGCAAGAUUAAAACAUGCUUACCAGCGUUUGCAUUUUUACCUGCGUGGCUAAAAAAGACACGGCUUUUAGUCGAAGUAUCGUUUUAGAGGACUAGCUAAAACGUUAGCUGCCAGGUGUUCGUUUUUUUACCCUCCUGACAGGGGUGCUUCUCAGCAUCGACUUCGAGAUAAAAUAUUGUCUUUUUAUUUCGUCUGAUGGUGAAAACAUGAAGAAGACUGAGAACAAAAAUAAAAGAAAGCUGUGCACCGCGGAACAGGAGAGUGGAGUCGAAAUGAAAGACGAGAAGGAGUUUGCGGUGCCCCCUCCUCUGCUGUUCCGGAAGCUCAGUAACCCAGACCUGUCGCCAUCAGUGGGAAAGACGAAGCUGCAGAGGCAGCUGAGCCAGGAUGAUGGCCGUGCUCGGCGAGGGAGCAUGGCAAGUGGCCUCACUGGAAAGCAGCUCCUGCCUCUGUCCAGCAGCCUCCACGGCGGAGUCAGCCAGCUGGUUCUGCCGCAGCCUGGCGAGCCCAACAACCUUGUGCGCAUGAGGAGUCAGUCGCUGGGCCAAUCUGCCCCUGCGCUCACUGCAGGCCUGAAGGAACUGAGCCUUCCAAGAAGAGGCAGCUUCUGCCGGACAAGCAACAGGAAGAGUCUCAUAGUGACGUCAAGCACGUCCCCCACGCUGCCCAGGCCGCACUCCCCCCUUCAUGGCCACACAGGGACCAGUCCCCUGGAUAGUCCAAGAAACUUUUCCCCAAACACUGCAGCCCAUUUCUCCUUUGUGCCGGCACGCAGUCAUGGGCACAGGGCUGACAGGACCGACGGUCGAAGGUGGUCACUGGCCUCGCUGCCUUCCUCUGGCUAUGGCACCAACACUCCCAGCUCCACAGUCUCGUCGUCCUGUUCAUCCCAGGAGAGGCUGCACCAGCUGCCCUUCCAGCCCACGGCCGACGAGCUGCACUUCCUCACCAAGCACUUCAGCUCUGAGAGCGUUACGGACGAAGAGGGCCGCCACUCGCCCGCCCUGAGGCCACGUUCCCGGAGCCUCAGUCCUGGCCGGUCGCCCAUCUCCUUUGACCAUGAGAUCGUCAUGAUGAACCAUGUGUACAAGGAGCGGUUCCCCAAGGCUACCGCUCAGAUGGAGGAGCGCCUGGCGGAUUUCCUAUCCUCUUCGGCCCCGGGAAAGGUGGAGCCCCUGGCCGAUGGCGUGUUGAGCUUCAUUUACCACCAGGUGAUAGAGCUGACGCGAGACUGCCUGGACAAGUCCCGCGAGGGCCUCAUCACCUCCCGCUACUUCUACGAGCUGCAGGAGAACCUGGAGAAGCUGCUGCAGGAUGCUCACGAGCGAUCAGAAAGCGCGGAAGUGACCUUCGUCACCCAGCUGGUGAAGAAGCUGAUGAUCAUCAUCGCCCGGCCUGCACGCCUGCUGGAGUGUUUGGAGUUCGACCCGGAGGAGUUUUACCACCUGCUGGAAGCUGCUGAAGGCCAUGCCAAAGAGGGCCAGGGCAUCAAGUCAGAUAUCCCCCGCUACAUCAUCAGCCAGCUGGGCCUCACCAGGGAUCCCCUGGAGGAAAUGGCCCAGCUGAGCAGCUAUGACAGUGGCAACCCAGACACUCCCGAGACGGAUGACUCCACGGAGAAUCGUGGUGCUGUGGUACAGCCGCAGUCCAAGAUGAAGACCCCAUGUGAGGAAGACUUUGAGAACAUUAAGCUCAUCAGCAAUGGGGCAUAUGGGGCUGUCUUCUUGGUGCGGCACAAGGAGACCCGUCAGCGCUUUGCUAUGAAGAAGAUCAACAAGCAGAACCUGAUUCUUAGGAAUCAGAUCCAGCAGGCCUUCGUGGAGCGGGACAUCCUGACCUUCGCUGAGAACCCCUUCGUGGUCAGCAUGUUCUGCUCCUUCGAAACGCGCCGGCACCUGUGCAUGGUCAUGGAGUACGUUGAAGGGGGAGACUGUGCUACCCUGCUGAAGAACAUUGGGGCUCUCCCCGUAGACAUGGCCAGGAUGUACUUCGCCGAGACGGUCCUAGCACUGGAGUACCUGCACAACUAUGGCAUUGUGCACAGAGACCUCAAGCCCGACAAUCUCCUGAUUACCUCACUGGGACACAUCAAGCUGACUGAUUUUGGGCUGUCCAAGAUCGGCCUGAUGAGUCUCACCACCAACCUGUACGAGGGGCACAUAGAGAAGGACGCUCGUGAGUUUCUGGACAAGCAGGUGUGUGGGACCCCCGAAUACAUCGCCCCGGAAGUGAUCCUCCGACAGGGCUAUGGCAAGCCGGUGGAUUGGUGGGCCAUGGGUGUGAUCCUCUAUGAGUUCCUGGUGGGCUGCGCGCCCUUCUUCGGGGACACGCCUGAGGAGCUCUUCGGACAGGUCAUCAGCGAUGAGAUCAUCUGGCCCGAGGAGGAAGAGGCCUUGCCGUCAGAAGCCCAGGACCUCAUCUCCAAGCUGCUGUAUCAGAAUCCCCUGGAGCGUCUGGGGACAGGUGGAGCCUUCGAGGUGAAGCAGCACCGCUUCUUCUCGGUCCUGGACUGGAACAGCCUCCUGAGGCAGAAGGCUGAGUUCAUCCCCCAGUUGGAAUCGGAGGACGAUACCAGCUACUUCGACACCCGAUCCGACAGGUAUCACCAUUUGGACUCCGAGGAGGAGGACGACACCAAUGACGAUGAGCACCUGGAGAUCCGCCAGUUCUCCUCUUGCUCCCCUCGCUUUAGCAAGGUAUACAGCAGCAUGGAGCGCCUCUCGCUCCACGAAGAGAAGAGGACGCCUCCGCCCACCAAACGCAGCCUGAGCGAGGAGGGUGGGGACCGAAUCGACAGCCUGGGUGGCCUCAAGUCACGUGACCGCAGCUGGAUGGUCGGAUCCCCAGAAAUCCUGCGGAAGCGGCUGUCUGUGUCGGAGUCCUCGCAUACGGAGAGCGACUCCAGCCCCCCGCUGACUGUGCGCCGGCGCUGUUGUUCGGCCAUCAUUGAGAUGCCCCGCUUCGCCAUCUCCACUGAAGACGAGACUGCUGGCGCCCGGAGGAGCCCCUCGCUGCUGCCGCAGACCCCGGCUCGCGGGCCCCGGGGCGAGGAGCUGCCCCUGUCCAUCCCGGAGCUGCCCCUGGAGAGGGAGCUGAAGCUGGAUGAGUGGCCCACCACCCCGGGCUCCACCGGCAGCCAGCUGAGCAGGGCCACUCUCACCCCGGGUGGCUCAAGUGACGUGUGGGACCGGUCCUCUCCACGUGGGCCCUCCGCGGAGGGAGUGGACAGCUCCACCCCCAGGGCCAUCAGCGACCUGGCAGCCCGCCGUGCCCGCCACCGGCUGCUCUCAGGAGAGUCCCUGGAGAAGCACACCUCCCGUCCCCUCAACAAGGUCAUCAAGUCGGCCUCGGCCACCACGCUUUCGCUGCUCAUCCCCGCAGAGCACCACGUCGCCUCCCCAUUGGCCAGCCCCAUGUCGCCACGCUCACUGUCCUCCAACCCCUCAUCGAGGGACUCCUCCCCCAGCCGUGACCUCUCUCCUGCCGUGUGCAACAUCAAGCCCGCUAUCGUCAUCCAUCGCUCCGGCAAGAAGUAUGGCUUCACCCUGCGCGCCAUCCGCGUCUACAUGGGUGACACAGACAUCUACACCGUGCACCACAUGGUCUGGCAUGUGGAGGAUGGUGGUCCUGCCCAUGAGGCCGGCCUGAGGGAGAGGGAUCUCAUCACACAUGUCAACGGGGAGCCCGUGCACGGCCUGGUGCACACCGAGGUGGUGGAGCUGAUCCUUAAGAGUGGUAACAAGGUGUCCAUCUCUGCCACGCCCUUCGAGAACACCUCCAUUAAGGUGGGCCCUGCCCGCAAGGCCAGCCGGAAAGCCAAGAUGGCCCGGCGUAACAAGAAGACCAAGACCAAGGAGAGCCAGGACAGUACCAAGAAGCGGACGUCGCUGUUCCGCCGCAUCACCAAGCAGGCUUCGCUCCUGCACACCAGCCGCAGCCUGUCCUCCCUGAACCGCUCACUGUCGUCCGGGGAGAGUGUCCCCGGCUCCCCCACACACAACCUGUCCCCCCGUUCGCCCACGCCGGGCUACCGCUCAACGCCGGACUCUGCACACUCUGUAGGGGGCACGUCCUCGCAGAGCAGCUCCCCCAGCUCCAGCGUCCCCAACUCCCCAGCCAGCUCUGGCCAUAUCCGGCCCAGCUCCCUGCACGGCCUGGGUCCCAAGCUGCAGAGGCAGUACCGCUCGCCCCGCCGCAAAUCGGCCGGCAACAUCCCGCUGUCACCGCUAGCACGUACGCCCUCACCGACGCCACAGAGCACCUCCCCCCAGCGCUCGCCCUCUCCCCUGGCUGGCCACAACCUGGGCCCCUCCUUCCCUGUGAAGCUGCACUCAUCGCCGCCCCUGGUGCGGCAGAUCUCACGGCCCAAGAGCGCCGAGCCGCCGCGGUCACCGCUGCUGAAGCGUGUGCAGUCGGCAGAGAAGCUGGCUGCCUCCCUGUCCUCCUCCUCCUCCUCGCCCUCUCCCUCCUCUGCCGCCGACAAGAAGCUGCCUACAGCCUCCCGCAAGCACAGUCUGGAUGUCUCACACUCUGACUUCAAGAAGGAAAUGCUACAGCGGGACCCCAGCCUGCAGAGCCUGCAGGAAUCGGCCAGCGAGACCCUCCUGGGGGGCAGGGCGGCCCCCGUCGAGAAGGGGAGCCUGCAGAAGCCCUCCCCGUCCCGGAAGCCUGGCCGGCAGGAGGCCCCUGAAAUGGGGGCCACCCCUCUGGGCCUAUCGCCUGGGAAGAGCAAGCUAAAGGACAAGCUGUCGGCCAUUCGGCAGGACCGUGCAGGCCGGCGGGAGUCACUGCAGAAGCAGGAUGCCAUACACGAGGUGGACUCCUCUGAGGAUGAGACGGAUGAGGGCUCUGAGGACAGCCAGGACGGCCGCCGGCUGGGCAGCUGGGGGGAUGGGCGGCACAGGAGCAAGGAGGAGGUGCCCUUCGUGCCCCCGGCCUCCGUGCUCAGGCCCGCAACUGUAAUGGGUGCUCCUUCUGUAAAGGCGGUCCCUACAGCGGCCCCGAGCUUAUCCGUUCCAAUCCCUGCUCCGGCUUCUGCAGCCCCCCUUCAGCCAGGGAAACUGCCGCAGACUCGGACUGAAGGUGUGGCUGCGGAGCGGACCCUGGUCCCAGUCGUCCCAGACAGUGGCCCGGUGGCGGCAGUGGCGCUGGAGGCCGUGUCCGCCCCCAGAGCCAGCUCGCUUCCCCAGGGGCCCGUGAACAAGCUGCCAGGCCCGUUUCCCACCCCUGGCAGCGCAUUUACUUCUAUCACUAAGGAGAGCCCUGAGAAGCCAGCUCCUAUCUCAACAGUGCCCCCACAGGACUGGAGGACCAGCUGUCCUGCUGCUGAAGCCAAGCCAAACGAUAUUACCCCGAAGGGGCUUCUGUCGCCCAAGCCUCAGCCCUGUACCCCAGUCGCGGACUCCAGAGACCCCCCUGCACCUGUCACUGGGACGAGUAAGGAGAAGAAGGAGGCGGAGAAUCGGCGGCAGGCCUUGCAUGUUGCGGCCAUUGCUGCCGCUGCCGCUCCACUAGCUGAAAGCGGGGUUGACAAGGUCGUGUCCCAGCUGGCCACCGUGGCUAAAAGCGUUCUGGGUCCGGUCAGACUCAGCCUCCCCGCUGCCAGGGAGGCCUUCGACAGGGCCCGUGACCUGCGGCCAGUGAAUCCUCUUCAGCCCCCCUGCAGGGAGCAGGAGACUCCGCCGUCGGGCACGCCCCCCAGACAGGCCAGCCCUCAGAUCUCGCGUCGGCCUGGGGUAUCCACUCCCAAGCAGGCUGCCGCCUCUCCGAGUCUCGUGGAGCCUAUCGGAGAUCGAGGGAGGCUCUCGCCUAGCAGGACCUCUGCCCAAACCCCUGAGGGGUCCCAAGAGCGAGCAGGCUCCCUGCCCCAGGACAGCCCAGCGCACCAGCAGCUCAGGCAGGGUCAGGUGGGCAGCGCUCCGCAGAAACCUGCGACACCGCAGGACAAAACCGGCAGGAAGACGUAGCAGCGACUGCCAACUGAUAUGGACUAGCGACAAGGCAUGCUGGGAUAGCAGUACGUUCGACACACUAACCUGAGAAGCACUAGCUGUUAAGAUGAAAGAAAAACAGGAAUAAAUGACAAGCUCUGUUCGGGAUUGUUUCCGCCGUAUGUCUAGUGUCUGACACUUGGAUUGUUAGCUUUUCCUCCCGUUUGACUGACAUUUGCAUAGAGUCUGUUCCGCUCCGCGAAACGAACGGCUUGCAGUCGCUGGGAUGGACUUUGAAAGCAGAUCUUUCCUUUUCCAUUAUGGAUGUUCUCCAGCUGAAAGGCAGCAGUCUGUAUUCCAAUCUGUUCUCGGGUCACUCGCACUAACUGGUCGUGCCUUAGAGGAAAACAUUUCAUUUUCAUAAUUCGUUUUUUUUUCUUUUUCUCCAAGAGCAGCUUUAUUGGGGGAAGCAAGUAUGUAUCUCAGCAAUAAAAUGGCUUUCGUUUAGCAAAUUAAAUACACCUAUGACAUCGAUUUUUAAAAAGAUAGAAAAAGCGAGCAGUUUGGCUGUUUCAUAGCCAGACUCCAACCUGCUGCUUCCCCAUUAUUACCACUUGGCUUUUACUGAUGUUUCGAGCAGCACUGAAGCCAGAUUGUAGAUUAAGUGCAUGUAACCGGGCUGCAGGGUGUUGUCGCUGCUUUCUUUGCAUGCACUCAGUGCUGUGCUCCUGCUCCUAUGCCAGAGGCCUGUCCCACCGCCUGUUAGCCUGCUGAACUUCAUAUCUGAGUGGAGAUUUUUGCCAAAUUGUUGGAGUUCUGCUCCAAUCUGGGACUUCUGGUUCUGGCACAAUCACGCAGGUUCAUGGCAGCAUGGGUGAUGGAACCGAGAGGGACUUGAGCUGUCUGAUAGCUGGAGAAUGGGGGGGGGGGGGUAGGGUAAACUGUCGAUUUAGUCUGCUACUGCUACAGUGGCUAUUGGGUGUUUUCAAGCCUCCAAUUGACCCCAUCCUACAAUCAUGGUUAUUGUCACUGUUGGUUGUAAGUUUGUACAGAGGACCAGCAUGCCGUGUUUUGUGCUUGGGGUUUGUUUGAUUUCCUGAGUGGUUCCCUCUUUAUAAGUGUGAGUGUGAGAGAGAGAGAGAGAGAGAGAGGUGUGUUGUGUUUGGAGAGUGUGUUCAUAUCGGGACAGCUAGAGCUGUAGACAGCAGUCCUUCACUUACCUGGGGGCUGCAGUACGUUUGCACAUAUGCGUUAAGGCCGGUGCACAGAUCUGGCACCAUUCUGAACCCCACUGCAGGGGUCUGUGACCGAAUCCCUUUCAGACUGACCUCAGAUCAGCAGUGGACUCCCAGGGCCAGCAGUUUGCGUGGUGUGUUUACAGCGUGUAACCCUUCAUGCUCACCUACCAUCAUCCCUAAGAUCCCGUAGAGCCCUCCCCCUCUUGUUCUGCUGUGAAUUCAGCAGUGUAUUUCCCCACCAUGUCACAGUGGCAUGUCCUGACAGGCCUGCGAAUGCACCUUCGAUUAUACCAUAAGGCAAGAUCGCUUGCAGGUUAGUCUUGCUCGCUGAAGUGCCCUGGCUGAUCUCAUGGAAGCAUGACGUUUACUGGCAAACACCCAAAGAUCUGAGCUGAUUAGGAGACAGGUGUUGUGUGCUUUGUGCAUUUAGAGGAUUCCUGACUUAUUAGGAAGAAAUCAUUUUACAGAAAUGACAGUCUUGUGUGCAGAGUAUGGAGCUUAUGUGCAUAAUGCAGCAGAGUGUCAAUAUUCUGCAUCAGGAAAUCCACAGUGACACAUUCCCUCACUACAGUAAUACACAGGAGUUAUCCAGCUUGCCAGACCAAAGUCUUUCUAAAACAGACCUGCAGUCCCUGUUAAACCCCCAAAUAGCCUUUGGAAAAAAAAAAAAAGUUUACAGUUAUAGAAGGGGUGGAAAAAAUGUGAGUUGUAAAUAAAGUGAUCUGUUCUAUUUAAUCUAUUUGUGAGAGUGUUGUGUUUAGGUGACAGUUGUACUGGCCUUAAUGUUGUAGGGGCUCCCGCUUACUGGAAGUGCAUCUUGGGAGUGACAUAGCCACAAUGGCCUUCUGGGUCUUGUAGUUCUGUAGCUGAAAGUCUCUGUUCUAUUCAAGGACCACUUGUCUUCAGUGUGAGAAAUGUGUGUUACUCGCCAUGACGCUUGUGGCUGGAGGGAGGGUACGUGUAUGUCUGGGGUGCGGCAGGGUCACCUGACCACCUGAGAGAAGUGCAACCGUCUGCUUUUAUCUCUCCUUGCCAUUUCUCUCAUUCACACAGUUUCUCUAAUCUCUAUGACACACAUUGACUGUGGAAGGAGCUCUCUUAGAUGUCUUGUGUGUUUUUUAACAGAGAGAUAAUAAAUAAUUUUAAAAAUUUUAUAUAUGCAGGAUCUGUGUAAUCCUUAGCAGUGUUAAUGUUGUCCUGCGUGUAGAGACCAGUGCCAUAGACAGUCCAGCCCUGCUGGGGAUGGGGCCCCCUUUUGGCGGUGGCGGGGGGGGGGCAGAGUGCUUCUGUCUGUUAGUGUGGGAGGGGUUACCGCAGCUUACGUGGAAUGGGGUUCAGGGUAUGACAAACUGCUAGAGUAAAACCAGUGCAAUAUCUUUUUCAUUUUGUGUUAAUUGCAUGUUGUUAUUCCUUAUAAAUAAAGUUUUUAUACUAAAAAGA